AUUGCUAAUUCCUUGGGUUCUUUUAAGUUAGUUUAAUUGCGACCAACAAAGAGUUAAGAGUUCUAGAAUGGGCAAAGCAAAGGAGAGGAUUAAGGACUUGAUCACCGCAGAAAGAGUGGCUAUAUUCUUUGGCCUCUUGUCUACCUGUUUGAUCAUUGCUUUGACAAUUGUGGUGGUUCACAGGGAUAACUUGUGGCUGCAGUUGGUUGAAGCCAAAAGGAUGUUGGAUGUUCUAGAGGAUUAUAUUCAAAGUCACUUGCUGACUGAUAUUUCUAAUGGAAAAUAACUCAAUUUUUAUGUUUUAAUAACUCAGCCUAAUAAAGUAAAUGUA